AUGACGCUCUUGACGGCGAACUCUUCGAUCGCAUCUCGCGUCCGCGCGCCCCGCGCGUCGGUUCGCUCACGCGCGUCGUCCCUCCGCGAAUCGCUCUCGGGCGGUUGGAACAUUCGCCGAAUCGUUCGCGCUGACAUCGCCGCUCGAGACCGCCGCGGCGGACGCGUCGCGACCGCCGUCCGCGCCGCCGACGACGGCAACUUUCUCGACAAGCUCAACCCGUUCAAGGCGAUGGAGAAGGCCAAGGAGAAGAACGCGAUCGCCAAGCGGGAGAAGGAGGCGAACCAGGUCAUCAACGACGAUAUGCGGAAGCAACUGUUUGGGGACGGGCUUGGCGGCCGGAUGCUCCAGGGAAUGGUCAACAACGUCGCGGGGGCGCUGAAGGAGCAGAUGGGCGCCGCCGCGGCCGCGUCGCAGGAGACGUACGACGCCGCCGAGCGCGCCGUUCGCUCCGACCCGAAGAUGCGCGCGGCGCUGGGCGACGGCAUACGCUGCACGCCCCCGAUGUCGCAGAUGAGCUCGAGCCAAAACGUAAACGGCGUGCAGACGCAGGCCACCACGAUCGUGUUCAUCGCUCAGGGGAGCAACGGGAGGCAGGCGCAGGUGCAGGCCACGGGGACGGGCGGUGGGGACCAGGAGCUCAGGUUGGACAUCAGCGGGAUGCUCGACACCGGCGAGGUGGUCAAGGUGGAUGGGAUGGGCGGCGGUUCAAUGGCGGAUGGCGUCUUUGACGUAGAGGCGAAGACGAUCGACGACGACGACGUCAUAGACGUGUGA